AUGGCCACGGAAGAUGAUAACUUCGAUAUUGACAUCUAUGGGGAUGGGAGCUACAAUGCCAAUGACCAGGGGCAGGAUGACGCCGAACUGGUGCUAGACGCACCAGAGAACCCGCCUCAGGCCCCGCGCAAUGAUGAGUCGUCAGAGCCCAAACAAGAGACACAACAAACCUCAGUCCCCAACGGAGACCAUAACAACAUGCCCGUCCCAUUGGCGCAUGACCUUCCAGCACCGCCCCACGGUGUCAAGCGCAAAGAAUACGAUGAUCGCCAAGCCGACCCGGACGCCACCACAGCUCUCCUCCUUUCAGACCUCUUUUGGUGGACAACAGACGAUGACAUUCGCGGCUGGGUGAACCAGGCACAAUGCGAGGACGAGCUCAAGGAUGUGACAUUCAGCGAGCACAAGGUGAACGGGAAAAGCAAAGGUCAAGCCUUUGUGGAAUUCACGACCCCCCAGGCGGCAACCUCGACUAAACACCAGAUCGAAGCCAACGGCGCAACCGGGCGCAAAUACAUGGUGAACUACACAAACCCGCACACGAACCCCUUCCGCACACUGCCCAAGGACACGCCGAUGCGCAAGGACGGCAACCGAGGCUUCAACACGGGCGCGAACCAGAACAUGAACUUCGGCAUGAACAACAACAUGGGUGGCGGAUUCCGCGGUCGCGGCGGGUACAACAACAACCGAGGCAUGGGCGGCAACUUCAACAACCGCGGGAACUUCAACAACCCCAUGGGCUUCCAGGGCGGAGGAGCCGCCGCUCCCGCUGGUGGCAUGAUGGGCGGGUUCCAGGGGGCGCCGAUGGGUGGGAUGCAGAACUAUGGCUUCAACAACCGCGGCAAUAUGAUGGGUGGGGGCAUGCGCGGCGGGCCUGGAGGAAUGCGCGGCGGCCGGGGUCAAGGCUUCCAAGGUCCCAACCCGGCCUUCAACCAGGGCUUCUUCAACCCCAACCAAGGAGGCGGCGAUGCGUCGUGGAACCCGCAUGGAGCGAAGCGCAGCCGGCAGGAGUAA